UCGGGCGUAGGAGCCACACGGCCAAGCAGCGACGAUGCCUGGUUCUAUCUGUACGGUUGUCAGACGGCCUUCGUCUCGCGCAGCUCCUCAGUCUUUGCUGUGCCUCGUCCCGGACACAAGUGGUUAACUGGAUCGUCAUCAUCGUACGGUUGGUUCCGAGUGGAUUGUCCGUCAUCUGUCUUGCUGGAAGAGGACGCAUGCCCUUUGGGAGUGAUUCUGGGGUCUACCUGAGGGAGGAAACGUCUGGAGGUGGGCAGUGAUGGCGUUCCUUGCAAGGCGAGUUGCGCGCCAUGUCCGGUCUUCCACUGUUUCAAAUUUCCGUCCCCAUGUUCUGAGCAGCAACCAUCUUGUUGGCUUACUGCCAGAAUCUGAUCAGCUUCUGCAAUGUUCCGCUGUCUCUCCACACCCUGCACCUUGCCCGCAGUCGAUGCUAUCAACCCCAUUGAAUGGUGAAGCCUCCUUGUCCUCCCGGGCACCUGAAGGGACAAGGCUCUUCUUGUCAUCCCUGGCAGGUAAACCCAGGCUGAUGACAAUGGUAGGUGGAGAAGCAUGGGGCAUCAACACGGAUGCAUGGGCGUGCAGGUGUCACUCGUCAUUGGUCGGGGCAAUAAAAAUGCCGUCCUCAUCUUUUUAUGCGUCUUUAGGAGGAAAACGUCACGUUGCGAGCUGCAGCAGUCACCGAGUGUCAGGAAGCAAGCUCAGUGCCAUGGGGGAUGUAGCGGUCGGUUUGUCGGGAAAGCGAGAGGCCUCUUCGGUGGCGGGUGCACUUGAUUCGGCUACGAAAGAGCAACGGCCGAGGAUAAUCCCCCCCGGGGGUUUCCUCCCGCUCAACAGAUUGGCAGAUGGACCAGGUGCAUCGAAAGAUGGCAAGCGACUUGGAAGAGGCAUUGGGUCUGGGAAGGGGAAAACGGCUGGCCGAGGUCACAAAGGACAAAAGGCUCGGAGCCGGAACCCUCGGAUUGGGUUUGAAGGAGGCCAGACGCCUCUUCGUUUGAGACUCCCAAAGAGGGGUUUCCACAACCCUUUUGCAAUGACUUUCCAGCCUGUGAAUCUCUGGACCAUAGUUGAAAAGGUUAAGCAGGGGAAGAUUGAUCCAUCACAGACUGUGACCAUGAAGACUCUAAAAGAUGCGAGAGUGAUAGGGAAGAAGAUUAAUGAUGGGGUCAAACUCCUUGGUAGGGGUGCCCAUGAGUUUGACAUCCCUCUCAACAUUGAGGUGAGCAGAGUUUCGGCAACUGCCAAGGAGGCAGUGGAAAAGGCGGGUGGCAGAGUGACACGGGUGCACUACAACAAGUUAGGUCUGAGGGCCCUACUCAAACCACAGUGGUUUGCGAAGAAAGGCCGGUUGCUGCCAAGACCGGCCCGCCCACCUCCCAGACUGUUGGGUCAGGUGGACAAGAUUGGCGAUCUCCCACCGCCACACUCUGUCCUCGAUUACAUGCAACCUGGUGAUAAGCCAACAAUUGACAGUGUUGCUGCGCUGGUCACGAGGCUGGCCAGAGAUCAUCAGACAGAGGAGGGAAGGAGAGUAAGGACGAAUGAGAAAGACAAACAUUUGGGGACCGUGAGGUAUGUGGGUGCGGUUGUGGGUUUUGAAGGGGAAUGGGUGGGAGUGGAAUGGGAUGAUCCCUCCCGAGGGAAGCAUGAUGGCACAGUAAGAGGUCACUGUUAUUUCCAAGCGCGACAGGUUGGUAGCGCAUCCUUCGUGCGGUCACACAAGAUAGACUCAGGAAUCUCUCUUGUGGAUGCACUGAAGGAGAAGUAUUGCGCCGCAGCAAAUGAUAAAUCUUCUGAAGGUAACAAAGGACCAAACGAUGACGAUAUGCAUGUUAUUUCUGUCCAUCAGCGCCGACUUCCAGUCCUACUCGUCGGAAAGGAGAAGGCUGAGAAGUACUACCAGGACCGGCUGCACAAGCUGCGGAUAGCAGUGCUGCAGAAUGCUGGGAUUAGCUCUGCGGGGCCGAAGGGCGAGGUUGGUGCUACCGCUGGCUGUAUAGAAGAACUCUAUCUUGCUGGUAACCUGUUGUCAGAUUGGAAGGCCAUCGGCCAAAUUCACGAUGAACUUGCGCAUCUGACUCUCCUGGACCUUAGCAGCAAUCGGCUGAACGUGAACGAUCUCUCGAUGUCAGUGGAUCAGCUGCCACUGCUCUGCCACAUCAAGAAACUCUCGUUAAACAAGUGCGGCUUGUCAUGGCAAAACGUGGAAGUUAUCGAACGGAUGAUACCGAACGUAGAAGAGCUUCAGUUGGACGAGAACGAGGUGUUGUGUCUGAGAGGCCACCAUGAAUCAGAGGAGGAUGUGAAGAUGCAGAAGAGAAACUUCGUCGCUGGAUUUAACUCACUUCGUGUCGUGAGCCUCGAAGGUAACCAGAUCGACGACUGGCUGGAGGUGAUGCGCCUGUCAAGACUGCCAAAUCUGGAGACGCUGUGUUUGACGGGGAACCGUAUCAAGUCGAUCGAACAUAUCGAUGCGGAUGGGCAAAGCAGACCAUUUGCAAAGCUCAAGUUCCUGUGGCUUGGAGGCAAUGAAAUCCUGGACUGGGCAUCAAUCGACGAGCUGAAUCACCUGCAGAGCCUUGAGGAUCUACGGCUGACAGGAAAUCCUGUCAUGGAAACUCCGGUAGAUGGGGGCGAACCACGUUUUCUGGUUGUUGCAAGGAUUGGCGGUAUCACGGAGCUGAAUGGAAGUCUGAUCCAUCCUAAAGAACGGAGGAACGCAGAGGCAAGGUACCUUCGGCUUGUCAUGUCGCAACGGUUGCCAAGCGAGUCGGACGAUGAGAUUGCAAAGAAGCAUCCAAGGUUCUUUGAGCUGAAGGAACUGCACAGGGUCGUGGUUGACGUUCCUGUUUCGCCAAAACCUCCCCAAAGCUCGGCAAUUAGCAGCAACAUGUUCGCCGUUACUUUUGUUUGUGUUGCAGCCUCAACAAAGUCAGCAGGUGAGAAGCCCGCGACCACAAAGAAGUUACCUGGAUCAACAACCGUCGCGAAGAUGAAGCUCUUAUGUCAGCGCAUGUUCAAUAUCAAGCCAUCAAACCAGCAGCUUUUCAUCAAGCAUGCUGAUAGUCCUGUACCCAUACCUCUGGAUGAUGUUGGGGAGACGGUGGAAGGAAUGCGCUUGUCGGAGGGCUCAACCAUCCUUGUUGACAAACCAACUAGCUCACGGACGCGAAAGGUUAAGGCGAUGGUGAGGGCAGAGGAAGAGAGAGAAUUCCUUGAGCUGCUUAUCUCCAGUUAACAUGCUGAAGACGUCAAGUAGUAGGGUCUUAGAGCGGACCGGUGUUCGCAUGCGUUCCUCCACGGACGUCUGGAGUGUUUUGCGUCGUAAUUUUUCGCGCUUGAAUGCUGGGAUUUGGAGCUGGCACGAUAUUGCUGAGUGAUGGCAAGCGCGAAGGGAUGCCGAUACAAAGGUUACCAAAACGCUUGCUGGGCCGGUGGAGUCUGUGAGGAGGAGGAGAAGUGGGGAGAACAACCCCAACAGUUGGGUGAGGACAGGGGUGAAUUGAAGAUGUUGUCUUUACUACAUGGGAGAGGAGUGGUGUGGCAUGCGACGAAAAUUUGGUAGGGAUAAUUGCCUGCCUGCGUUCUGUGAAGAUUCGGCGAGGAUGCAUAUAACGCCGAACACUCCUGUAAAGAAUCUCCUCUGGACUCUAUCAGAGAUGUACGUUGACAAUCGUUCUGAGAGAAGGAAGGGUGUUUCUUGGCGCUGGUUAGGGAUCGACUGAUUUCGGAGAGGAGAGUUGAAGAUUCCGGCUGGCCUACGUAGUGCAGCCUGAGACUGGUGGCAUGAAUGCCCCACACGGCUGAGACUGGUCAGUGUUCAAUUGCUGAUCACGUAGAAGCAGUGUGACGGCAUAUACCUGAACAAUGAACAUGUGCUGAUUACUCAGGUGCAGAUCGAUCGAUUGGAGGGGAGAAUUGCACAGCUGUUUGCAAGGUUAUUAAGGACUGUAAGGAGGUUAUUAACAACUCCUAAGGAGGUUACGAAGCACCAGGGAACCCUUUUCAGAGAUUGAGCGAGUUUUAACGGCUUGUGCACCUCUGCGGUUGCCGUUUCAUGCGAAGAAAGCAGGCACAUGCGUGAGGAACAUCUACGAACUUCAAAACGCCUUGCUGGUAGAAUAUCUUCUUCACUUCUCGUGCGUGAAGUCCGCUUCCUACCUCCGAGAAUGGUUCUUGGAGGCGGCAACAUUGAAAGCGGAGGAGUGGCAUUGUUUCUGAGUGGUGAGGUUAAAAAGUGGAGGAGUGACAUUUGUUUCUUAAACUUUCUUUGUAUAUGUUGUAAAGUUUGUAUUGUACCAAGUUCGGGUUGACCGGAAGGUAUUGAAAAGAACAAUGGGUGGGGAUAAAGGAUGAAGAUUUCA